GCCAAUCACUUCAUCAACCCAAUCACCAUGGCCGACACGGAAGAUCGCGCCCAGGGCGAUACCAAGGUAGAGGCACCUCAAGCCACGACCGAACAACCGACUGCAGCUCCCGCGGCCGACGACAUCGAAGCAUCCAUCGAUCAAGAAAUGCAAUCCGCCGACCACGACGACAGCAGCCACACCAUGGACAACAGCAGUAACUCUAAGAGCGGAACUACUUUGGGUCUCGAUGGCACAAGCGACGAAUCUCCAACCGUGCCCCAGAUCGAGACCAGGAUGCCGGCAAAGAAGGACGUCGCAUUGCGCGACUUCUUGGGCAAGAUGGACGAGUAUGCGCCAAUCAUCCCUGACGCAGUCACAAAUUACUACCUUACUCUUGCUGGACUACCACCACCACCAGCCACCCCACCCCACCUUGCGCGACUCCUUGCCCUGGCCGCUCAGAAGUUCAUCGCAGACAUUGCAGCAGACGCAUACCAAUAUUCGCGCAUUAGGUCCACCAACACCACAUCCAACAACCCUUUGACUGGACUUGGCGGCGCAGCUGGCUUUGGUAUGAUGCCGACAGAAGAGGGCGGCGCCAAAGGCAAGGGUAAGGACGCCGCAAAGGGCGCUCAAAUUGGCGGUCCUCGCCCUGGCUAUGGUGGCGGCGGUGUGGGAUCAUCAGGUGGCCGAACAGUCCUGACCAUGGAGGAUCUGGGCAUGGCCGUCGGAGAGUAUGGCGUCAACGUCAAGAGAGGCGAGUUCUACCGGUAAUCUUCUUGCAUAGCAAGUACAUGGGCAGGCGUUUUCAGGAUCAACUGGGCUGGGAUACUGGCGGCAAACUGGCACGCAUUCCUUACGACAUGGGUCAAGGCGUUCAGGGGCAUGACAGGACAUGCAUCACGCAUCUGUCAAUAGAUGAGACUGUACCAUAGUGACAAAGGACUCUGACCACAGACUGUCCAAAACCGAUAACAAUUCAGAGCACUGAUAUUCAUGGAAAGAAAGUAACAAAAUGAGGCAGCCAAAACGUGCCCCCCUGACUUUGGUAUUUUGUACAUGAGAACCCAAUGAACGCCGGAUAUUGGAAGAUGAUGCUCCUGCAGAUGAUGUACAUUUACUUGUUCUUGGUCUGUUUGUAGGUGAAGCGCUUUCUCGUCGCCGAGAACUCUCCAAGCUUGUGGCCGACCAUGUCCUCAGUGAUCCUGACAUCGUUGU